AUGGUAUGGACCCUGCGUCCUUCCGCUACCGGCCAGAACUGGGAGAAAUACCAGAAGACCUACGCAGACGAUGAGGUCGAAGAGAAGAAGAUUACGCCGUUGACCGAUGAAGAUAUCCAAGUGCUCAAGACCUACGGAGCCGCCCCGUACGGUGCUGCCAUCAAGAAGCUUGAGCAACAGAUCAAGGAGAAGCAAACAAGCGUAGACGAGAAGAUUGGUGUCAAGGAAUCCGAUACGGGUCUUGCCCCUCCUCACCUUUGGGACGUAGCAGCAGACCGGCAACGCAUGUCGGAAGAACAGCCUCUCCAGGUCGCCCGGUGUACAAAGAUCAUCCCCGAUGAGAAGGACGACUCCAAGAGCAAAUAUGUCAUCAACGUCAAGCAGAUUGCCAAGUUCGUCGUGCAGCUCGGCGAGAGAGUGAGCCCUACGGAUAUCGAAGAGGGUAUGCGAGUCGGCGUCGAUAGGAACAAGUACCAGAUUCUUCUGCCGCUGCCACCCAAGAUUGAUGCUAGCGUUACGAUGAUGACGGUUGAGGAGAAGCCUGAUGUUACGUACGGAGAUGUUGGUGGUUCAAAGGAACAGGUCGAGAAGCUGCGCGAAGUCGUCGAGAUGCCCCUUCUGUCGCCAGAGCGGUUCGUCAACCUUGGUAUCGACCCCCCGAAGGGUGCCCUGCUGUACGGUCCCCCCGGUACCGGAAAGACCCUCUGCGCCCGAGCUGUCGCCAACAGAACAGACGCUACCUUCAUCCGAGUCAUCGGCAGUGAGUUGGUCCAGAAGUACGUCGGUGAGGGUGCAAGAAUGGUGCGCGAGCUUUUCGAGAUGGCGCGGACGAAGAAGGCCUGCAUUAUCUUCUUUGACGAAAUCGACGCCAUUGGUGGUGCCCGUUUCGACGACGGUGCUGGUGGAGACAACGAGGUUCAGAGAACUAUGCUGGAGCUCAUUACUCAGCUGGACGGUUUCGACGCUCGUGGCAACAUCAAGGUCAUGUUCGCAACCAACAGACCUUCCACACUGGAUCCCGCCCUGAUGAGACCCGGUCGUAUCGAUCGUAAGAUUGAGUUCUCCCUGCCCGACCUCGAGGGUCGCGCCAACAUUCUGCGUAUCCACGCAAAGAGUAUGUCAGUUGAGCGGGACAUUCGGUGGGAGCUCAUCUCGCGUCUGUGCCCCAACGCCACGGGUGCCGAGCUUCGCAGCGUCUGUACAGAGGCCGGUAUGUUCGCCAUCCGCGCCCGGAGAAAGGUGGCGACGGAGAAGGACUUCCUCAGCGCCGUGGACAAGGUCAUCAAGGCCAACCUCAAGUUCAACUCGACGGCCAGCUACAUGCAAUACAACUAAGAUGGGCAAAUCCAGAGGUUACGAGAGGGAAGGGGGGGGUCACGGAGUUUCGUCAUGUCCCUUUUUUCAAAAGGCUGUAAGAAUAGGCAGGCUUCGGAUCGGGGAAGGUUCUAGAGGGCGUGAUACCUUCCGAGAGAAAGGAGAAAUAGAUCAUGCAUUUCAUGUGCCAGUCGAGGUUUCCCAUAAGCGCGCUUUGCAAGUGACAUAAUGAGUCUGACUGCCCAGCCAAGGUACGAAGAGAAAUGACCGCGCGUAACGUAGCUUUUCUUGUCCUAGUUCGUUUUGCCGAGGGGUACAU